GGGGGAUAUUGGUUCAAUCUCAAUAAAUCAUAAGAAGACAUAAUACCCUUAAGUUACAACUUUGACUCUGAAAGCACUAUCAAUGGCAUCCAUUCUCACGCUGCAUCGAGUGACCACUCUCGAAGAAUUGGAACCGCUAUAUCACAUCGGAGCAGACGCCUUCCGAGAUGACCCAUGUAUGAACUGGUUCUACCCUGGUGGUCGCGAUCAUCCAGAUGACUUUGUGGUGCUGUGGAAGAAUAUUCUACAGAUGGAGUUCUUCGACAAGGGGAAAUUCAUCCUUGCCGCCACCAUCCGGGAUCCCGAUGAUGACGAUGAGAGAGGCCUGGGCAGGGUAGUAGGAUUUGCAGUAUGGGAACGGAAUGGAGUUUGCGAUGCGGCCAGGAGCUGGCAAGGGGGUAGUCUUUCCAAACGGCUGAAACGAUUCAACCUCAACUUCAAGAUCGCUUAUACGUUCCAUCUGGACACACCAAAAAGAUCCAUAUCCUGGCCAAAGCUAAAUCACUAUGUACAUGAGCUCAAGUUAGCGAAGGAUAGUCAACCGACUGAGUCGUGGUACCUGAGUAUUUUGGCCGUUAGCUCAAAGGCUCAGGGACAAGGAGUUGGAAGGAAAUUGCUUCAAUGGGGAAUUGAUCGGUCGGAGGAAGAGAAUAUCCCAGCUACUUUGGUAGCAACUAACGCAGGGCUUCACUUAUAUGAAAGUACGGGGUUUGGACGCACGGGGUGGCUGUUUUUCGAUGAUGAGCGGCAGAAACAAACCAUUAUGAGGAGGGAUGUACGACUGACUUGAUUGUUCUGUGACUCAGGCAAUAGCAA